AUGGCUGAAAAAUCUGAUACUGCCCCACAAGAGACUAGGACGGUCCAGUUCAAGCUUUACCUGGACGGCGUCCCAAUCGACAUUGCGUACAGGAACAAGAACGACCUAUACGAGUCACUCAAGAAGAAAAUGGACGACUUGGGUAUACCGCUCACAAGCGUUUAUUCAACUGACUACAACCAGGGACUAUUCCAACUAAAAGGCGUCGAUGCAGUAGCACUUGCUGCCGGUAAUAAUCGAAGACCGCUGUUUGCUCACGUCCAGGACGAUGACGCUGCAUGUCCCGAUGGAGAUGAACUUCCGCCAUGGCAACGUCACCUGCACGAACAUCGUUUUCGUAGCCGUCGCUCGUCGUCAAGUCGCAGUUCGAGAAGUCACGAACAUUCUCCUGAACCCUUCCCUCAUCAUUCUGUAAGCCAUGAUCACCCUAAGAGCCACUACCACCACCACUCUGGUCACCUCCAUGGGCCUCCACCUCCUCCUCCCCCUCCUCCUCACCACUCUGGUCACCCCCAUGGACCUCCAACUCCUCCUCCCCCUCCUCCUCAUCAUUCUUGUCACCCCCGUGGACCUCCACCUCCUCCUCCUCUUCCUCCUCACCACUCUAUUCAUCGCUGUGGACCUCCACCACCUCCUCCUCCUUCUCAUCCCCCUCCUCCGUAUUUUGGUUGUUUCUGCGGAUCAUUCGGUUCUCCCAUGAUGGAAUUUGGUUGUAGGCCGUUUCCAUUCCAUGGCUGUGGGUUCGGCCACGGUCAUGGGCAUGGAUUUGGGCAUCACCAAGGAUGUGUGCACGGUUACAGUCAUAGCGUCCACUGCCCUGCUUUUGGUCCCAAGCAUCAUUGCCCUUCUUUUGGUCCCAAGCAUCAUUGCCCUGCUUUUGGUCACUGCUGUCGUAACCACGGUCCUGGAUGCGGCGGUGGUGGUUUCCAUUGUUUCUAA